AUGCCACGUGAGGUGUACACCUGCUCCGAGUUUCCCUCGCACCUUCCCAGCCUUCUGCACCGACACCCGACGGCAACAACGCUGCUGCUGCAACUCUCUCCCGUCACCGCGGCAUCGGACGCAAAGCAGACAUCACAUACGGCACAAUACAGGUUGUUACCUGCGCCGUCGCAGGCAAGCUGGGCCGAUGGCCCAACCGACUUCAUCACGUUCUAUGCCGUGUUGUUGCGCCAGACCGGCGGAGAGGAGGACGGUGCAUCCGAAGGCCCUCGAUUCGACUGGUCCUCCGCCGCAGCAGACGGUGCUGCGUGCAUUGAAAACGUAUCUCUCCUUGUCGGACACGCGUCUCACAUUACGCUGCAGUGGUGCGCGCUGCUGCAGCACGCGCUGAGUGUCACUUCCCUCCUGCUGACGGCGUCAUCUUGUCGCGGCGACGAAGGCGCUGAUUUGUUUUCUCCGUCGUUUGGCAGCGAAGGUGACGGCGUUUCCUGCCUCAACAGCCGCCGCUACGCAACACAGGGAGUGUCGAGGCUUCUCGUGCGUCUCGCGCCCUUUGUUCCGCCGCUGCAGUGGGACCGCCACGUGGACGGCGUUCUUGGCUCGCAGCACUUUGUGUGUACGUCUCACCGCUGUUUCCUUUCGGGGAAGAGCAGUGCGGACGAAGGCGACCGCAGCGAGGUUGUGGGGUGCAGUGGUGAAUACGAGAGAGGCGCCACACGAGACUCUUCUGGUGCUGCUGCUGCUGCUGCUGCUACUGGAGAGGAAGAAGGCGGCCACAAGCAGCUUCCGUGUGAGGGCUCGUCCUUGUUGCAGAGACGGCGGCACGAGCAGCAUGGCUGCACAGCAACCGUCAGCCUGCCGCCGUUGCCGUUGCGAAUCGCCGCCGUCUUGAACGGCAACGUGCCGCUGCCACAAAGUCCUCUUCCACCAAACACUAUUUGUGUGCUGUGUCUCGUUGCCCACGACGGAUGCUCGCUCACCUCCUCUUCUUGUGCUGCAUCGGCAGCAUCAUCAGCACCAAUCACACAAGGAUCAGAGCCGAACGCUUUCGAUUGCAUCUGCGAUUUUCUCGCAGAUGCGGUCAUGCCGAUUGUCAGCCUCGCAGUUGUUGGCGGCUCAUGGGCCCGCACGCCGUCAGGCGAGCUGCGGCGUGACGUGUGCAAAGCUCGUGGGAAGCUGGGGAACAGCUACGCGAUACAGCUGCCUAACCGACCGGACAGUUUCGCUGAACAAAGAGCUCGUAGCGUUACCUUUGUGGUUGACUUCUCCACUCCACUGCUGCGUGAGCUCGCACGAUCGGCAGCCAACGCUCGUUCAACGUGCGAUGCGAUGGUGUCGAAGGAGCGACACGGUAUUUCACGGCAGAUUGCUGCUGCGAUGCAGGAGGCGUUGGGGCAGCUGGUGUCGGCCAACAUCGACGUGUUUAGCUUCCCGCCCCGUGAGAAGGGCAGCACUGCAGCGGCCGCAGUGCACGACGACGUCUCGUCUGCAGCACAUGCUGCAGGCGGAUCCGCGCCGCUGACACGUGAAGUACUGUGUCGCAGCAUCGCGGAAAGUGUGAGUCGCAUUGUGUCAUGCUCGCCCCAUCCAGAAUUCAAAACGGAGGUUGUCCGCCUUCUCUGGGGUACUGAGGUUGCGGACACGUCCGUUGCGGUGGGUGCGAGGGCGCCGUGGUCGCUGCCCUCAGUGGAUGUGAUCCAACGUCGCAUUGAAAGGUGCCUACUCGCAUCAUCUUCAGAAUGA